AGAGAAAUGGUGCACUACUCAAAACUGCAUUUACUUUUUCCCAAUAUUUCUAAAUAAUGUGAAUAUGUCUGAAAGUGAGUUGCAAGAGGAAGAGAGAGAAGUCCUUUCUUCUAUUUAUGAUGGUGAUGAAAGCUUCAAACAAAUAGACCAAAACACAUAUCAAUACAAGUAUGGAGAAAGUGAUACAUUGAAGUCUUUUCUGUUAGAAAUAAAGUGGGGCCAGAUGUAUCCUAAUGAGCUACCAAGCAUAAACAUGGACACCUUCUAUAACAAGCAUGUUGUUCCCUUGUUAAAGAAAAAAAUCAUUGAUUUAGUAACUGAAGAGGCCAACCAAUAUUUAGGAAUGUCAAUGACCUACUCCUUAUUUGAAUUUAUUAAAGAAAAAUUUGAUGAGUUAAUCAAUCAGCAACCAGAGGAGUCAGAAAAGCUAGAAGUUGAUAAAUUGUGUAUCACAGAGCAAGACACACAAGAGAGCUUGAAGAAGGAGAGGAAAGAACAACUCACUAAAUCCCAGAAAAGAAGACAGUGGAACAGGUUGGACAGCAAAGGUGAGAAACCUAGAGGCUGGAAUUGGGUUGAUAUAGUCAAACAUCUCUCACAGACAGGUUCUAAAGAAGAAAAUCAACCAAUUUCUUGAAACUUCAUUUUUGUACAGCUUUAUUA